UUCAGCGUUCACCAAAAAGAAUCGACUCAUAGAGCCGACUCAGUGAACGACACAUCAUUACAACCUAUGAGUUCUACUAUGCGCUAUGUAAUGUCACGAGAGAAAGCAUUGUUUCUUACAAUAGACGCACAUACAACCUAGUUAAGAGAAUAAGUUUGGUGUCUUCGGAUUGUAGCCAGGGGCCCACUAACGCGAUUACUGGGCUUCUUUCUCACACGUCUCCCCCUGUAGCUGGCAUGGGGAAUGAUUUAGAGUGGUUUCCAUGACAACAAAGUAACAAUAGAAUCAGAAUCAGCUUUUCAGCGUGUAGCUGAGUCAAGUAGCUGUUUUAGGUCACUUCACCUUCUUGUACAACAUUGACUGAUUUUUAUUUGUACUUUAACACAAUUUACGUGUAAAACAACGUGAAACGUCGGUUAGCAAUGAGCAAGAAAACCGGAGAAAAGAAAACUACACAUUCUUUCAUCCAAUUCCAAAUUGAAGUUAAAAGAAAAGAGAUUGAAGAAUUUAAGGAAGAAGUAAGGGAACUGGAAGCCAAGAACCAACAACUUGUUGAACUGCGAGAUCAGCUGCGUAAGGAGCAUCAGGGUCACCUCAGUGUGCUGCGCAAGCAAGCCAAGGAGCAGGAGAAGAAGCUUGAGGAGAAAGAAGUGGCCAGUAAAGAACAAGUACAACAGGCAGUCCAGUACAAUCUAGAGCUCGCACAUAUCCAGGAGGAAGAGCUGGCAGACUUGCACAGGCAGCUGACGAGUGUACAGGCCCAGGUUGUGGAGCUGCAGGUUCACCGUCAAGCUUGGCAGCUAUAUAAGAAUGUGGGAAGUGUUGAGCAUCAACAGCAGAUCCAAAAACUACAGUCAAAUCUCGACUCUAUGCAGAAGAACUUUCAGGAAAAGUCAGAAUACAUUGAGUGCUCUCUGAAAGCAGCCAUUAGUGAGAUUGACAAGAAUACUUCACUGCUGAUUGAACGAGAGAAGCACCUUGCUAGAGAGAGGGCACUGAAACAGGCUGACAAACACAGUUUUCAGAAGAUCAAAAAGAACGACUGGCUUAAGAAAGAGCUUGCUGUCUAUCAUGAGGAAGUCUCUAUACUGGAUGUAGCCGUGAGUAAGUUAGAGGAGGAGAACUUGGAGCACAUGAAGGAACUGCAUCGCCUCAAUGAUGCACAAAUCUCUAGCAACGUGCUCCUGGUGCAGGCUGAAGACUUGGAGCAGAAACUCAGCCUUCCUGAAAGAACAGCGGAAGUUGGGAGGGAACAGCACCAGCAGUCUGGGGAGUUGGAGGAAGAUGAAAUAGAUCACAGCUGCAAGCCCUCCUCCCCUACUCACCAUCUCAGUGCACUGCUAUCUGGCAGCCAGAGCGACCUCAGGGCUGUGAUGUGUAGGUGAAGUGUGGAAACUCUGAAUCCUCCUCAUUGCCUGGCAGGAAUAUAGAUGGGUCUGGCAUUACUCAGACACACUGACUCGCCUUGUUCCUGUGACCAGAAAGUGAGCCCUUGUGUAUGUGUGUCUGUAGGAAACGCUGCACCUGGGCCCUUUGGAGCAGAAGCUGUUGAUUGUCGUCGGCCAGGCCAUGCCCCUUUCUCCUUUGCUAUCUGACCCUGAAGAUUUGGAAAAGUUAAUUCAGCUAGGCCAGAUCCAGGCACAAGAUGGGACU